AAAUACCCAUCAAAUCUCUAUAAACUGAAAACCGCAAAAUGAAGUCCAUUAUUAUAAUUUCCAUUUUUGUGACUCUGGCUUUAGCAUCGCCGCAAGGGAGAACAUCCAAAACCUACGUACCUAGCGAAUAUGAAAGGCAUCAGAACGAAGCUGCAAGAUAUCAAUUUUCGUCAAACAUCGAUGAUCACAUAAGCGACUUGACCCAUCAAAGGUCAGAAGAAAGGGAUGGGCUGUCUGUUAAAGGAAUGUAUUCUUACAGCGAUGGAUAUUACAAAAGAACAGUACAUUAUGUAGCUGAUGACAAAGGAUACAGAGUGUUAAGAAUGGAAGCAGUACCUUUGGACGGACCCCAUGUUGAUCUAGCUGGUACAGCCUCCGUAAACUCAGCUGCACAUGGAUCCCAUCUGGCUUAUAGAAUUCAAAGUAUACCUGUUGAAGGACCUGUAUCCAAAGUUGUUGACACGCAGUAAUCAAUAUUAAAAUUCGCUCUAUUUUAAAUUGUGUAAUUAUUGU